AUGGAAAUGGUGCCUAGCGAGGAGAACCAGUUCGUACCCAAAGAGAUUCAAAAUGCAGCCGAGGAGCCCAGAGUGCUGUGCAUCAUUCAGGACAUCACCAGUGCAAAGACGGUCAACGAAAGGCUGACCCUCAACCUGCCUGCUUCCACUACGCUUUCCAAACUUUAUGAAGACGUUGCCCACAAAGCCGGAUAUGUCAUUGGCACUUUUGGCCUCACGUGGGGAAACACACAGGAUAUGGCACCACUGGAUCACAGCAGUGAGAUGGCCCUCUCAGAUUCAGCCUUUGAACCCGGUGGUAAGAAGAAUUUCCUCCAGCUGAUAGACAAAGAUGGAGAACAGCCCCAGAUUGCGUCGGAUGAGUCGGGAACGGCAGACAGCAGUGGACUGGACGACAGCUCCCAGGAACGAUUUAUUGGGCCCUUACCGAGAGACGGCACUGCAAGCUGCAGUGGUGACUACAGCAGUCCCUCUUACUCCUACUCCUCCAUCCUCAGCAAGUCGGAGACGGGCUACGUAGGCUUGGUCAACCAAGCAAUGACCUGCUAUUUGAACAGUCUUCUGCAAACACUGUUCAUGACGCCAGAGUUCAGAAAUGCACUGUACAACUGGGAGUUUGAGGAGUCAGAGGAAGAUCCAGUCACCAGUAUCCCCUACCAGCUGCAGCGGCUGUUUGUCUUGCUGCAGACCAGCAAGAAGCGAGCGAUCGAGACCACUGAUGUGACGCGGAGCUUCGGCUGGGACAGCAGUGAGGCUUGGCAGCAGCAUGACGUCCAAGAGCUGUGCAGGGUCAUGUUCGAUGCCCUGGAGCAGAAGUGGAAGCAGACAGAGCAGGCUGACCUGAUCAACCAGUUGUACCAGGGCAAGCUGAAAGAUUAUGUUCGUUGUUUGGAGUGCGGCUAUGAAAGCUGGAGGAUCGACACCUACCUGGACAUCCCUCUUGUGAUCAGGCCUUUCGGAGCAAGCCAGGCCUACGGCAGUGUGGAGGAAGCUUUACAGGCGUUCAUCCAGCCUGAGACUCUGGAUGGACCCAACCAGUACUUCUGCGAACGCUGCAAAAAGAAAUGUGACGCCCGCAAGGGUCUGAGAUUCCUGCACUUUCCCUACCUGCUGACUCUACAGCUGAAGAGGUUUGACUUUGACUACACCACUAUGCAUCGCAUCAAACUGAACGACCGCAUGAUUUUCCCGGAGGAGCUCGACAUGAGUCCUUUCAUUGACGUGGAGGAUGAGAAGUCACCUCAGACGGAGAGCUGCACCGACAGCGGAGCAGAGAAUGAAGGCAGUUGCCACAGCGACCAGAUGAGCAACGACUUUUCCACCGAUGACUGUGUGGAUGAGGGCAUCUGCCUGGACAACACCAGCAGCACGGAGAGGGUGAUGAAGCCAAAGAGUUUGCUGACCUUUGAGCUGUUCUCGGUCAUGGUCCAUUCUGGCAGCGCAGCGGGUGGCCACUACUAUGCCUGCAUCAAAUCCUUCAGCGACGGCCAGUGGUACAGUUUCAAUGACCAGCACGUCAGCAAGAUCACCCAGGAUGAUAUCAGGAAGACGUACGGGGGAUCCUCAGGGAGCAGAGGCUAUUAUUCCAGUGCCUUUGUGAGCUCUACAAAUGCAUAUAUGCUAAUUUAUCGAUUGAAAGAUCCCUCAAGGAACGCAAAGUAUUUAUCUGUGGAUGACUUCCCAGAGCACAUAAAGAGUUUGGUUCAGAAGGAGAAAGAGUCUGAAGAGCAAGAAAAGCGGCAGAGAGAGAUCGAACGCAACACUUGCAAGAUUAAACUUUUCUGCAUGCAUCCAGUGAAGAUGAUGAUGGAGAGCAAGUUGGAAGUGCACAAGGACAAAACUCUACGAGAGGCAACAGAAAUGGCCUACAAGCUGAUGGAGCUGGAUGGCAUCGUCUCACUGGACUGUUGUCGCCUGGUCAAAUAUGAUGAAUUCCACGAAUACUUGGAGCGCUCCUAUGAAGGCGAGGAGGACACGCCGAUGGGACUCCUCCUCGGUGGAGUCAAAUCCUCGUACAUGUUCGACUUGCUGUUGGAGACCCGCAAGCCAGAGCAGGUGUUUCAGCCUUACAAACCCGGAGAGGUGAUGGUGAAAGUUCACGUUGUUGAUCUGAAAACUGAGACCAUCGCUUCUCCGAUCAGCGUGCGGGCGUACCUGAACCAGACCAUCACUGAAUUCAAACAGCUCAUUGCACAGGCUACAGGGCUUUCUGCAGACAGCAUGCGUGUUGUCCUGGAGCGAUGCUAUAAUGACCUCCGGCUCCUUUAUCUUCCAAACAAGACACUGAAAGCCGAGGGCUUCUUCAGGAGUAACAAGGUUUUUAUCGAGAGUUCCGAGUUGACAGAUCACCAGGUCACCUUCACCGACUCGCUCCUGUGGAAACUUUUGGACCGUCAUGGCAAUACGAUCCGACUUCUGGUUCUGCUCCCUGAACAGUCUCCUGGUACCUUAGCCAAUAGAACUCUUUGCCAAAAAGGAGGAGGAGACUCGGACGCACCCUCUGAGGAGUCGAAGGGUAACAGGAAAUCCGUGGAGGCCAUUCUGGAGGAGAGCACGGAGAAGCUGAAGAACCUGUCUCUACAGCAGCAGCAGCAGGGCUCCAGCACCAGUGACAGCCAGAAAAGCUCCGACGCCAGCGACUUCGAGCACAUCGAGUCCCCCACCCAGGAGGCCGACUCAAACUCCUCCCUGUGCGUAGCAGCAGACAACAGAGAGCUGGAGAACAGGAUCAGGGCCGCGCCCGGCGGCAGCGGCGGAGCCUCCUCCGACCCGGAGAACCACUUCACCUGCGAGGAGCGCUCGGACUCCGAGGUGAACAACGACCGCAGCACCAGCUCAGUGGACAGUGACAUUCUGAGCUCCAGCCACAGCAGCGACACGCUGUGCAACGCGGACAGCGGCCCCAUCCAGCUGGCCAACGGCCUGGACUCACACAGCAUCACCAGUAGCCGGCGCUCCAAAGCCCACGAGGGCAAGAAGGAGACCUGGGACACUGCGGAAGAAGACUCCGGAACAGACAGCGAGUAUGACGACAACGGGAAGAGCAAGGCAGAGGCGCAGUACCUGUACUUCAGAGCAGAGCCUUGUUCUCAGGACGAUCCCUUGUGGGACACACAAAAAUGUUUGGUGGUUCAUGUGGACAAGAGAAUAACGCUAGCAGCGUUUAAGCAGAACCUGGAGCCCUAUGUGGGAGUCGCCUCCACCCAGUUCAAGGUGUUCAGGGUGUAUGCAAACAACCAGGAGUUUGAGAGCGUCCGGCUCAAUGAAACGCUCUCAUCGUUCUCCGACGACAAUAAGAUAACCAUUCGACUGGGAAGAGCCCUAAAAAAGGGUGAAUACAGGGUGAAAGUGUAUCAGCUACUAGUGAAUGAAGCAGAGCCCUGCAAGUUCCUCGUGGACACGGUGUUUGCCAAGGGCAUGACUGUCAGACAGUCCAAAGAAGAGCUGCUUCCUCAGCUGAAAGAGCAGUGCAAGCUUGAACUCAGCAUCGACAGGGUCCGUCUCAGGAAAAAGACAUGGAAGAAUCCAGGCACGGUGUUUCUGGAUUACCACGUCUAUGAAGAAGACAUCAGCAUUUCUUCCAACUGGGAGGUUUUCCUAGAAGUCCUCAGUGAACCUGAGAAGAUGAAGUCCAUGUCUCAGCUGGCUGUUUUAACUCGGAGAUGGAACCCGUCGACCAUGAAGCUGGGGCCUUUCCAGGAAGUGAUCCUGGAGAGCAGCAGUGUAGAAGAACUCAAAGAGAAGCUCAGUGAAAUGAGUGACAUUCCUCUUGAAAACCUGGAGUUUGCAAAGGGGAGAGGAACGUUUCCCUGUGACAUCUCUGUCCUGGAGAUCCAUCAGGAUUUGGACUGGAACCCAAAGGUCUCCACCCUCAACGUGUGGCCGCUCUACAUCUGUGACGAUGGAGCCGUGGUCUUCUACAGGGACAGCACAGAGGAGCCUCUGGAGCUUUCUGAAGACGAGCGCAACGAACUGAUGAAGAAGGAGAGCAGCCGGCUGCUGAAGACCGGACACCGCGUCAGCUACUCGCCUCGCAAAGAGAAGGCCCUCAAGAUCUACCUGGACGGCGGCCCCGCCAAGGACCCCGGGCAGGACUGAGGCGCCCCAAACCCGCCACGGCCGUUUGGACGGUGUGGCCGCGGGCCUCUGGACGCCGGGGCCGCCACAGUGACUUGAAACGGAGCGGCGCCGCGAGGCGGACGCGCUCCCUCUCUCCACUCUGAGCCCCAGGACCGGCUCAGAAAACCCUGUUGUGCACUAGUGUAUUGUACAGUAAAGUUUAAAGGGAAGUACAAAUGCUAUUCAUACAGAAAA